GGGACCCAGGGAGGGGAGAAGAGAGGCCCCCGGCGAGCCACUGCUGGGGCGGCGGGCUGGAGGGUUAUCUGGGAAGUCAGCCCCGGCCUCGGCCCUCCCCAAGUUGCUGCCCACGCGUGCUGCCCGGACCUAGGGCACUCCUAGCGGCUCGGCCCGCCCAGCCUGUAGCCUCAGCACUGCAGACUCCAAGGCCCAGCACAGUGCCUGGCACAGAGGAGAUGCCUAGGAAAAUGGCGGAGUGAAUGAAUGAAUGAGUGAAUGAAUGAUGGAUAGAUGAUCAAGACAGACCUAGGACCCAUGUCAGGAAACGAGGUCCUGGGGAUCAGAUACCAGUUUCUUCCCCCGACUGAUCCUGUAGCUCCGAAACUUGUUUAGAGCGUGUUUUUAUAGGAGACGGCAAAUAGCGUAAAGUGCACUCGUUGGGAGUCUUGAGACCUGAGUUACAAUUCUGGAGGGUACAGAAAUCUCUAAAGUACUGUCUAGAAGUCUGUGCCUUGGUUCUUCACAAAGCUCAGUUGACAGCUUGUAUGUGAUAGCAUGUAUGCAAACCUUAAUGCCUCCCAAUGAAGGGUUACUAUCCAUUAUAUGCCAAACAUUACCCCGAAUUUAGUGGCUAGGCUACAAAAGAGUAACAUCGGAGACUGCCACAUGUAAAGAUGCUUCCAGUCUUGUGUAGGACGAUAAGGGCAUAAGCAGAUUUUGGUGGUAAUAUUUUAAACUACAUUUAUUUAGCACUUACUGUAUACCAGGCACUAUUUGAAGCAUUUGUGCGAAUUGAUUUAAUCUUCACAACAGCGUAUUGCGUGUACAGUUUUGUUUUUUGGUUUUUUUUUUUUUUUUGAGACGGGAUUUCACUCUUGUUGCCCAGGCUGGAGUGCAACGGGGUGAUCUGGGCUCACCACAACCUCUGUCUCCCGGGUUCAAGCGAUUCUCCUGCCUCAGCCUCCCGAGUAGCUGGGAUUACAGGCAUGCGCCACCACACCUGGUUAAUUUUGUAUUUUUAGUAGAAACGGGGUUUCACAGUGUUGGUCAGGCUGGUCGCGAACUCCCAACCUCAAGUGAUCCGCCCACCUUGGCCUCCCAAAGUUCUGGGAUUAUAGGCGUGAAACACCGCGCCAGGCCUAUGUGUAGUUUUUAAGUGAGGGAACUGAGGUACAGAGAGAAUAGAAAACUUGUCCCAGAUCACAUUGCUAAGUGACCCAAGGCUGCAUAAGAGAUAAAGUGUACUGCCACAGCUUGGGUGAGUGCACUGUUUGGUGCCAAAAUGCAGACCAAGAAGGGCUUCAGAGAGUACAUUUCAAUGUGGUCUCGUUGGAGGGAUUGUUAAAAAUUCUUGAAAAACUUCAUCUAGCUUGCCUAGAUUCCUUUAGCUAAUUAUUGAGGGGUAAGGAGGUGGCAUCUGGGGAAAAGCUUACAAGGUAGAGGGAGGAAGCCAGCUCUCUAACAGGUUAGCAGGAUAGGGCUAUUAAGAGCCUGUUUCCUUUUUACCUUUCACCAUAAUACUCAGCUUUCCCCAGAUCUGCAGAGGGAUCUUUUUAGCAUCUUAAAAUCACUAACAGCCAGAUUAUUCCACAAUAGGCAUUUGUAGAAGCACCUGUACAUUACUUUCUGGGCAACUUAUAGACCUAGGAGUCAGCAAAUAUGGACCAAAUUUGGUCUGCCACUUUUUUUGGUAAAACUGUUUUAUUAAAACACAGGCAAGCUCAUUCAGUACAUAUUGUCUAUUUCUGUUUUCAGACUACAAAGGCAAAGUUGAAUAGUUGAGACAGAGACUAUAUUUUCCAUUUAACCCAUUAAACCUAAAAAAAAAUUGCUUUCUGGCCUGUUACAGAAAAUGUUUGCUGACCCUUGACAUUGACAAACUGCUGACAGCUCAGAUGAUCCAUGAUUGGAAGGAUGUGGUCAUCACCAAGAUGUCUUUCUUUCUCCGGUUCCCAGUUUUCCAGACCUGAAGUGUUUUCCAAUCAAAGCGAAGAGACGAUCUGUGGAUGUUGAAUAUGCAAGGAGCUGAAGAGAGAGACAUUAGAAGAGAGACUUGUCCAGGCUGGGUAAACAAGAACAAGCCUGCUCCAGAGCAGGAUGUCUGUAAAAUGGACUCAUCAGGGAUAGUAGUAAAGAGGUUCCAAGAGGAUGAAUACCAAGAUUCUACAUUUGAAGAAAAAUAUGCAUGUGAGGGCAUGAAGGAAAACUCUCCUAGGGAGAUUGCUGAAUCAUGCCUUUUCCAGGAAGGAGGUUUUGGGAGAAUAACUUUCAUCCACAAAGAAGCACCCCCUGAAAUUAUUAGUCAAGGAUAUAAUUUUGAGAAAAGCUUGGUUUUGACCUCAAGCCUUGUUACACGUCUCAGGGUUUCUACAGAAGAGAGUCUGCAUCAGUGGGAAACAAGUAAUAUACAAACCAGUGAUAUUUCAGACCAAAGUAAAUGUCCAACUCUCUGCACACAGAAAAAAUCUUGGAAAUGUAAUGAAUGUGGAAAAACCUUUACUCAGAGCUCAUCCCUUACCCAACAUCAGAGAACUCAUACUGGAGAGAGACCCUACGCAUGUGAGGAAUGUGGGAAAGCCUUUAGUCGUAGUUCAUUCCUUGUUCAACAUCAAAGAAUCCACACUGGAGUGAAACCAUAUGGAUGUGAGCAGUGUGGGAAAACAUUUCGAUGUCGAUCAUUUCUUACUCAGCAUCAAAGAAUUCACACUGGAGAGAAACCUUAUAAAUGCAAUGAAUGUGGGAAUUCCUUCCGCAAUCACUCACAUCUCACUGAACACCAGAGAAUUCACACUGGAGAGAAACCUUAUAAAUGUAAUAGGUGUGGGAAGGCAUUCAGUCAGAAUACACACCUUAUUCAUCAUCAGAGAAUUCACACUGGUGAGAAGCCUUACAUAUGCAGUGAAUGUGGCUCUUCUUUUCGAAAACACUCAAAUCUUACACAACAUCAGAGAAUUCACACUGGGGAAAAACCCCAUAAAUGUGAUGAAUGUGGGAAAACUUUCCAAACAAAGGCAAACCUCUCUCAGCAUCAGAGAAUUCAUACUGGAGAGAAACCCUAUAAAUGUAAAGAAUGUGGCAAAGCCUUUUGUCAGAGCCCAUCUCUUAUUAAACACCAGCGAAUUCAUACUGGAGAAAAACCAUAUAAGUGUAAAGAAUGUGGCAAAGCGUUUACUCAGAGCACCCCACUCACUAAACAUCAGAGAAUACAUACAGGGGAGAGACCCUACAAAUGCAGUGAAUGUGGUAAAGCCUUCAUUCAGAGCAUUUGCCUUAUUCGGCACCAGAGAAGUCACACUGGAGAAAAACCCUAUAAAUGCAAUGAAUGUGGAAAGGGCUUUAAUCAGAACACCUGCCUCACUCAGCAUAUGAGAAUUCAUACUGGAGAGAAGCCCUAUAAAUGUAAAGAAUGUGGGAAAGCCUUUGCUCAUAGCUCAUCUCUUACUGAACAUCAUAGAACUCACACUGGUGAGAAGCUCUAUAAAUGUAGUGAGUGUGAGAAAACCUUCCGCAAGUAUGCACACCUUAGUGAACAUUACAGAAUUCACACUGGUGAGAAGCCUUAUGAGUGUAUUGAGUGUGGAAAGUUCUUCAGACAUAGUUCAGUCCUUUUCAGACAUCAGAAACUUCACAGUGGUGACUAAUGCUGCCAUUUAGGUUAUGACAGUUUCUUUAGCGAGGAUGACUAUGAAUCUGACUGGGAGUAGAGGGGCAGGUAGAGUUCCUGGAGGGAAGGAUGAAGGAGCCUUGGCUACUGUACUCUGGGAGGAAUGUUUCCAGAAAUGGAGGUGGGAGCUUAGGGAAUGCAGAGCCUACUUGAGGUGGGCAUCUGGGAAUACAGGGUAGAAAGAAAUUUCUGCUUUUCAGAUAAAGCCUACACAUUGCCACUGUCUCCCCAUGUGACUCUUACAGCUUGAGGAGGCAUUUGUUAGCACUUCUGUUCACUUUACUACAUCCUGCCCCACAUUCUGACUUGUCACCCAUUUUCGUUGGCUGCAGGUUGAGAUGUUUUUCUUAAACACUGCCUGUCAGUGUGAAGUGGCACAGCUCUGAUGUAGUGCUAAGUCUAGCCUCCAGAUUUGAGGCAGCCCUGACCAUGCUACCAUGGGGGAGGCUCCCAACCUGUGGAAGUGGUCCUGUGAAAAGGAGACAGAAACAAGUAAGAGCCAAAAAAAAAAAAAAAAAAAAUCCAUAUCCAUUCAUUAAAAAAAUGAGAUAUAAAGCAACAACUGGGCUGACCUCUAUAGAUCUGCCAGUAAAGAAGGCUUUCUUUCAUUAUCAGGGUGAAGGUCUUUCCUGGUUUUUCCUGAUUCUUCCAAGCUUUGAGGUGACUCAGAGCUAAGAAUGAAAUGGGAGACCAAGUUAGAAUUCAUGAUACUGGUUUAUGGGAGGCAGUCAUACCUGUUCAGAGAACCAGGAAGACUCAAUAUCUAUCUCAGAGGAAAUAUGGUUACCCAGGAAAGAAAUGGUCUGCUAGAGUGAUAAGAGAACAGGAAGCCUGCAUGUGACUGAGCAAGUCACCUACAUAACCCUGCCUGUAGUAAGGUGUACACCUGUCUAUUGUAAGUUUGCCUAGGCUGUUGGUGUACAGAGACCAGAGGAGAGAGACACACUAGGACUAACAGUGUCCUAACAAAAUGAUACUUAGUUUGUUGGUCUUUAGGAGAAAGCAUUAGUGAUGAAAGAAGAAAGAAUUUUCAGUUGGUUGAACAUUGGGGCCGCUUAAGAAAGUGUUGACAUUUGUCGUGGAAUGACUUUGGAAAGACUUCUAAAAGAAUCUUUUUCAAAUCCCUGAAAAUCAGGAUAGCACAUUUUGCUACUGACUGUGACAGUGUUUUAUUCUUUUGAGAGAAAUGACAUAGUUUUCCCUUUAUUUCCCAAAUUCCUUUCAUGUUCUUAACUGCUACCCAGAAAUUGAGCUCCAGAAGAUUGAGGAUAGCCUUUGAUUGGUAUUUAAAAUAAUUUCUAAGCUGUGAAGCUUAUAGCAUUUUUAAAGUAUGGCUAUUAAAAACACUAAGUUGA